CAUUACAUUUUUCGAUUGCACAUAUUCUGAUUCGUAAUUCAAUUAUCUAUUUAAAUAUGGCAACAAUAUCACAAAUAUAUCUACUGAAACGUUUGAAAUUUCUAAAUCAAUUAAUGUUUCGUUUAGCUGAAAGGCAAUGUAAAAAAUAUUAUAUGAAUCGUUUGGAUGAAUUUCUUUACAGUCAAUAUCGACAACAAAUUACCUAUAUUUGUCGUAUGAUUGGUAAUAGUAAUGGAACAAUAUGGGCAAAUGUCAUCCUGUUUGCAUUGUUCAGUAAUCUACCGAUUAAUAUUAUAGCCAUUUACCGGGUAUUAUAUACACCGAUGAAUAUGGAAACAUUAAUGAUACAUAUUGUAUUUAUUAAUUUACAAAUCAGUACUAUAAUGUUAACAUUAUUUCCAAUGACCAAACAAAAUAAAAUGAUGCAUCAAGGUAAACAUUAUUUACCACGUAUACAAAUAUCAUUAAAACGUUCACAUCAAUAUAAUAUGAAAAUUAAAACAUUAGAAUUAUAUGAACGUUUAACUAGUUCCAAGCAACAAUUUGGUUUCAGUAUCGGUCAGAUUCAUAUUAUUAAUUUGAAAUAUUUUGUCGAGAUAUUCAUGUCAUACGUUGGUUUAAUACUGGUCAUGUUUAAUUUUCUAUCAAAAGUUUUAAAAUUAUAAAACAGAAACAGGAAAAAAUUUAAUCCUUUCCCCACCACUAAUUAACACAAGAAUUUAACACACACACACACUGAAAACACACACUUGAACCGCUUAUUGUGUCAUUCGUAUCAUUUAUGUUAUUAAAAAAAAAUUUCAUUAUUCUCGGUGCUUGUUUGUUUGUUGUUUGAUAAUUGAUGCAAAACGG